CCUUGACGGAGGAGGGCCACAUGCCAAUUGUCAUAGUAGUUUCGCACGCGGAUACCAGAAGGCACGUCGCUCUGACUCUCACAAGCAGACUCACCGCGGACUCCUCGUGGUUGAGCCCGGCCGGUAUCAGACCACGCACCGGACGGACAGAGAGAGGACGGAGAGAGCCGGCAAAGCGAGAAGCUUUGUGUGUCCCCCACACCGUGCUAGUGUGAAGGAAGAGGAAACUAGAGCCAACGAUGUCGGGGUUAAAAAAGAGAACCUCUAACUCCUCUGCGGAAAGGGAAGAGGACAAGCAAGUCACGGAAAAGAUGCUGUCCCCGCCGGGCGGCGUCGGGGAGAAGGGGGACCAGGGCGGAGCGCCGGGAGGCGACCCCAACAAUGCCGCCGCCGCGGGAGAGGGCGGGAUCGUCCUGAAAAAGAACAUCACCCUGAUAAACGGCGUGGCCCUCAUCGUGGGCACCAUCAUCGGCUCGGGCAUCUUCGUCACGCCGUCCGGCGUGGUGAAGGAGGCCGGCUCGGUGGGUCUGUCCCUGGUGGUGUGGACGGUGUGCGGGGUGUUCUCCACGGUGGGAGCGCUCUGCUACGCGGAGCUGGGGACCACCAUCACCAAGUCCGGCGGGGACUACGCCUACAUUCUGGAGGUGUACGGCUCCCUGGUGGCUUUCCUCAAACUCUGGAUCGAGUUGCUCAUCAUCCGGCCGUCCUCGCAGUACAUCGUCGCCUACGUGUUCGCCACCUACCUCCUCAAGCCCCUGUUCCCCGUGUGCCCGGUGCCGGAGGAAGGGGCCAAACUCGUGGCCUGCCUCUGCAUCCUCUUGUUGACCUUUGUGAACUGCUACAGUGUGAAGGCGGCCACCAGAGUGCAGGACAUCUUUGCCGCGGGCAAGCUGCUGGCUCUUGGGAUGAUCAUCAUCAUCGGCUUCGUCAAGAUCGGACAAGGUGGUAUAGACCGUCUCCUUCCAGAAAAUUCCUUCGAGGGGUCCAGAUAUGAGUUUGGCAGCUUGGGGAUGUCGCUCUACAGCGGCCUGUUUGCUUACGGUGGCUGGAACUACUUGAAUUUGGUCACUGAGGAGAUGAUUGAGCCUUUCAAAAACCUUCCCCGCGCCAUUAUCAUCUCUCUGCCCAUAGUGACGGUCGUGUACGUUCUGACCAACCUGGCCUAUUUCACCACCCUCUCCCCCGAGCAGAUGCUCGGCUCAGAGGCUGUGGCCGUGGAUUUUGGUAACAGCCACCUGGGUCCGAUGGCGUGGAUCAUCCCUGUGUUUGUAGGCCUGUCCUGCUUCGGAUCGGUCAACGGCUCUCUGUUCACAUCAUCCAGGUUAUUCUUCGUGGGUUCCCGGGAGGGUCACCUGCCCAGUCUGCUGUCAAUGAUCCACCCCACCCUGCUGACCCCGCUGCCCUCACUUAUAUUCACUUGUCUGAUGACGCUGCUCUACGCCUUCUCCAACGACAUCUUCUCCGUCAUAAACUUCUUCAGCUUCUUCAACUGGCUCUGCAUCGCCUUGGCAAUCGUCGGGAUGAUGUGGCUCCGCUAUAAGAAGCCGGAGAUGGAGCGGCCGAUCAAGGUGAAUAUUCUGCUGCCCUUGAGCUUUGUGCUCGCCUGCCUCUUCCUCAUCAUCGUCUCCAUCUGGAAGACCCCAGUGGAGUGCGCGAUCGGCUUCGGCAUCAUUGCGACGGGAGUUCCCGUCUACUUUAUCGGCGUGCGUUGGCAGAGCAAACCCAAGUGGAUGCUGCACGGAAUCUUCUCGACCACGGCCUUGUGUCAGAAGGUGAUGGAGGUGGUGCCGCAGGCGACCUAAGAGGCCUUUACAGCAUAUUGGGCUGCACAAACGGUGACCUCUGGGAUCUGAUAUCACAGCUGAUGAAGCUUGAC